AUGCCCAGAUCGCUUAGGAAUAGCGUAUUCAAGGACCCAGAGCUUUCUCGCCUGUUCAGUCAUGAAGACCCGACCCAUAUUUUCACGGACCUGAGGCAGAUCGGCUGUGGUAGUUUCGGUGCUGUUUACUAUGCCCGCAACAGACUUACUGAUGAGGUCGUGGCAAUCAAGGAACUAAAGGUAGACACCAAACGAAAAAAGUCCGAUGAAGAGUGGAACGAUAUUGUCCGUGAAAUUCGCUUUUUAUCAGGGCUGUCUCAUAAUAACUGCGUGCUUCCUAAAGGCUGCUACAUGAAGGACCAAAUCCCUUGGCUUGUCAUGGAAUACUGUAUAGGUUCUGUGGCGGAUAUUCUGGAAGUCCACAAAUUGCCCUUGCGGGAAAACGAAAUCGCAUGCAUCGUGCGUGAAGUUCUAUUUGGAUUACAAUAUCUACAUUCAAGCCAUCGGAUACACCGGGAUAUUAAAGCUGCCAAUAUACUUCUGACCGAUUCAGGUGGUGUGAAAAUAGGCGACUUCGGAUCAGCUAGCUUUUUGAGUCCUGCGAAUAGUUUUGUCGGGACACCCUUUUGGAUAGCGCCGGAAGUGAUCCUGGCCAUGGAAGAUGGUAUCUAUGACUGUCGUGUAGAUAUUUGGUCGCUGGGUAUCACCUGUAUCGAGAUGGCGGAGCUAGAACCGCCUUAUUUCAGCGCUACGAACCCAAUGGCAGCGCUUUAUCAGAUUGCCUCGAAUGAUGCACCGCGAUUAACUGGUGGUGACUGGUCCGACGUGUUCCGUGAUUUCGUGUCAUUCGUUCUACAAAAAGAUGUCGCCACCCGACCGUUUUGUGAUCAAGCGCUCGCCCAUUCAUUUUGCAUCAAUGUCUCACACCUGAUAGAAACCUUAGCUGAGUUGAUCCAACGAACCAAAGCGGCUGUCGCGGCCCAAGAAAAUCAAAUCAGUCAAAAGUGGAAAAAGAUCCUCUACGAAAGCGAUCUGAACCGGUUCUCCAGCUCUGUCCUCGUGAGUAGCGCAGAGAAUAGUUCUAUUGGGGGUGGGAGCAACAACGCGGGUGUGGAGGACAUUCCACAGAAUCAUGUGUCGGGCUCUGAUAUUGACCUUAGUGGGAAGGGUGAGCAGCACGCCUCAAAGUCUUCUUCCACUGCAGUUCCACAAAUCGAAGAUGUUGAUCUCUCAGAGGGCGAUAACACCGCGGUAGGUCUCCCAGACUGGCCCAGCCACAAGGACCGGGUCGAUGAAACAGCUCGACUCAUCCUUGGAGACGCUGCACGGUAUCGCAACAGUGCAUCAACCGUCGACGAAUUGGACUUCUAUACGGGUGAUAGUUGUUCAAAUAGUGUUGAGAGUAUGGGCAGUGACCUUUCCGAUAGUCUUCUGAACCAAUCUGGACAUCGACAUCUGGAGCCUGCUGCAAAGCUUUCAGUUCCUGGUCCAGACGCACUGAACGAUAAUCAGCCAAAAUUCCUGGUGGUCCCUUUUCCCUUAGUACCCCCCGUUACACACAACUCAUAUGCCCGUAGCGAUGAUCGUGAAUCGUUUCGCACUGCAUCGACGGAAUAUCUCGGUCCUUCACUUCCGAACCGCCCCAAUCGGGCACAGUUCAGCGUGACAGAUGCGUCACGCAGCAGAUCUGAUGCCCAAAGUCCCUCCUUCAAUCAAAUCGCUGCGUCGCAGUUGGAUAACCAUUUAUACGCGAAUGUCGGCGCGCCUGAAGGCUCACCCCUUUCUGGACCUGUUCAUGCAAGUUCUGAUGGACCUACGGAGGUGAUGCAUCCAAGCUUAGGUGGAGCUAAGUUAACUGGCGAAGAUGCUGCUUUUCCACCCCUUGCUACAGGACAUUUUUCUACCCUAAAGACAAGUCAAAUGAUGCGUGGGUCGAUGUUCAACUGGAACCGCUCGGCUAAUCCCUCUGAUGCUAUCAGUACCGGUGCGGUGAUGUUGGGUCUACCCCAUGUGAUUGAAGGUCGAGCUUCUGGAUUUUGGCGCGAUCAGAUGAACGAGUUGAAGCGUCUGCGUACGCAACACAACAAGCAGAUGAAACAGUUGGUGGAUAAAAACAAAUCGGAGGAGGAACAACUAAAAUAUCGCCUGAAUCGUGAGUAUGAAACAGCAAAAGCAGUUAUGAAAAAGGAGUUUCAACGCCUAGAGGAAGCGCAUGCUGCAGAGCUAGAGCGAGAACGCAAACGUGCAACGACAGCCGAAGCCGAUCUUGCCAAUCGGCUUGAAAGUGAAACAAAGGCGCAGUUGAAGUCAGCGAAAAAAGCUCGAACUCGCCCUGUCAGUACACACGAUUCUCCCACUAGUGGUACGCUUAAAAAAGUGGAUUCUGUUGACGCGAUUCGACGACUUCGUCAGGAUUUGACCAACUUGGAGCUCCGAAGGGCGAAGCGUGAAACACUCGUUCUGAUGCAAAAGUUAGAGGGCGAACAUCUACACCAAUAUGUCCGACUGGAGCAGAAGGCCGGUGAUCAGAUAACUGCUUUAUUGCUUGACCAGCAUGCCAAGUUGGAAGAGUUGGAGCUGGGUCAUUUGAAAAAAGUGCAUGAUCUUCGUUUGGCCCAGUUAGAAAAGCAACACCAAGCCGAGUUGAACAAUCACCACCAGUACAUGGAGCGUGCCAAGUCCAAACUACAAGCCAAGCACUUGUUGGAAAAGAAGAAUUUGCCCAAGAGUUUGAAGCAAAGGGAAAUCCAGAUUUUCAAGCAGUUCCAAGAUGCCGCUCGAAUUCAAAAGAAGCAAUUCAAACUUUUACGUGAGGAACGGAUCAAGGCCUUCCGACGCACGAUGGAACUGGGAACUGGUCCUGUGUCAUUGGGGUCCUCUGAUUCUGGAGUCAACAAUGCCUCCGGGUCCUCUCCAGCGUCUGAUCGUCAGGAUGGUCAUGAGGUGCCAUUGUCCGUGUUCCCCGUAUUCCAAGACGAAAGACAAAUCCUGGAGAAUCUGAAACAGGAAGAAAAAAGGAAACAGUCUGAUUUGCAUGAGCAGUACAAGAAAACCGUUACCGAAUUACAAAAACGACAGAAUGAUAAAGUCGAUUCGACACGGAUCCGUGAAAUGGAAGAACUGGAGAAACACCGUGCCGAGGGUACAAAGGUGCUCCAACACUAUCAAGAGUCUCAACUUCGUGAUGUGAAAAAGCAGCAGCAGAAGGAGAGGGAAGAUUUGAAAAAUAGAAUUCAGUCGCGCAAGGAUUCCCUAGAGGCUGCUGUAAAGAAAAACACUGAUUCACUCAAAGAGGAAGCUGCUAGGAAAACGAGGCGCUUGAUGGAACAACACGCUCAGAACCUCCGAGCUUUCGAUGCCCAAACAGCUAGUCUCGGAAUCGAUAAUGCCGCGGUUGUUGGUAUUUCAGCCCGAAUGUUUGGUGGGGGUGGUCCACCUGGUUCCGGUAGUGGGUCAUCGUUCGGUGCAGGUCAGAGGCCUGCUGACUGGCGCCACAGCCGGAUGGAAUUCUUGCCAUCAUAAAUGCUGAGAGUUCCGUCAUGUUUCAGUAUUCCGUUGUUUCGGCCUGUGGCGGCUUGCAAUAGAAUAUCGGCUAGCAGUUUCGUACGUGAUCAGCAACUGUCUCCUCAUGUGCAUACAAUGACGUCCUAGCAGUGGUACCCCAUAUCUUCCUCAUCCGAACAUACACCCUUCAUUGAACUUGUGUGUAUUCUGGCCCAGUCGCGCACACUUCCUAGUACUCAGGCUACUACGGUUGUCGAUUGUCGCUGUCCACAUGGACUAUUUUUCUACUUCGACCAGCUCUACCCCGCUAUCGAGGUGCUGAAUUCAAACGUAUGGGACUUUUUCGUCCUACCGCAGACGACCUUGUUCAUCUAUUUAUGUACACAUCAACACCGGUUAAGCAAUCUGUGUGUACGUUCCUUGCUCUUGGCAUUACAACUACAGCCAGUGUUUUCUACACGAUCAUCGUAUCCCACCUCACCUUACCUGUUGCCGGCGCCCAUCAUGUCCCUCCCAGCGUGUACAGAUCAUGGUAUCCAUCCACUUACCCGGACCACCAUUGUUUCAAAUGCGCUUUCCACGGACCCUGCCCCGUCUAACCAGUUGGAUUCAGUUUAUUGCUUUGUCCCUUCGUUUUUUUCGGUAACUUUUUUUUACAACUGCCGCCGUCCGUGCACAAUGGCUGUCUUGUGAAUAUGGGCAUUGUCAUUGUCCUCUCAAGCUAGUUUCCGCCCGUCACCGGACUAAUCCCCCGUUCAUGUGUGUAUCUUUUGAGAGCUGAGGUGAAAUUUCUUAUCUUGGACAGUUCUGACCUAAUGCUUUCUCACUCGCUUUUCUGCCCAGCCAGCCAACUACCGUGGAUAGGGUUCAUUGCCCUGAGAACUGUGUAAAUUGUUUCCACGUAACCUGCUACGCGGUCAGAUGCGAGGUUAGCAAUUACAAAUAUUUUACAAUUUCAUAUUAUUCAGUUUUCAACGAGAAAUCUUUUAGGUCUUUCAUAUGUGCGGACACUAAUAAGUUGCGGAUAGCUUCAGUUCCCCGUUUCACACAAAAAAUCCCUUCAAGUGAUUUAAUUUAAAGUGUUGUGACCGAGGCGCCCAGGUGGAUCCUACACUCUGCGUAUUUUUUGUACGCAUUUUUAUUCAGG